CUAAUCACCAAUCCAGCAGUUCACGGGUACCAAAAUUUUACAAAUUGCCCAAAAUAAAUUCCAAAGGGACCUAAUCUCCAAAGUCGAUUUUUUUGGAAAACCCCACACUAGGGGAUGAACCAUGGAUACCCCAACCUUAGGGUCCUCAAACAGAUUAUCAGGAACUUUCUUUACCCCAUUGCUAAUCUCUUUGGCUGGCAUAGCUGCAUGUACUUUUGCAAUAAUAGCAUACCAUACCAUUGUACUGCGAUAUUGCCUAAGGGGGAGGCGACAACAAGAACAAGAACAAUUGACCAAUGGGCUUAGGGGCCAAUCCACCAUUGGUGUGGACCAAAAAAUCCUUGAUACAAUCCCAAUUCUCUCUUACACAACCAAAAAAUGUGAGCUAUUUCGUGUGGAUCAAACCGAAUGCGCGGUUUGCUUAGGAGAUUUGGAGGAUGAGGACAAGGUAAGGUUGUUGCCUAAUUGUAGACAUGCAUUUCAUGUUCCAUGCAUUGAUAAAUGGUUCUUGGGGCAUUCGAGUUGUCCAGUUUGCCGAUCACCCAUUGUUGCACCCGGGGCACCUUUGGACGGUGAUGUGAGUGUACAAAUGGCUCAAGGUUCACCUCAGGUUCAUGGUGAUCAAGGAGGUGAUGUUCAUGUUCAUGAUCAUGAUGCUGGUGGUGUUGAUGUUGUUGCUAACACUUUGAGGGAACAACAACAACAACAACCUGGUGUUUUAAUUUGUCAUGGGUCUCUUGUGUUUCCUACGGAAGAAAAACCACCAAGGGCGAUCAACAAGGGUUUGAAGAGAUCCAUAUCAAUGGAUCAUUCUUGUGUCAUUAUCAACAUACAAAAAGAGCAUGAAAAGGAAGUCUCAGCUUCUACUUCUUCUACAAAAGAUGUUCCAAUGCGCAGUAAAUCUGCGAGGCAGGUAGAUCUGAAGUCUUGGAAGCUAUUGAGGUCUUUCUCGCAACUAAAGUCGAGUCGGGGAAGCACCACGGCUAAUGGGAUUCUUCCAUCUUGAGAUGCCUUUGAGAGAACAAGCUUAAAAUAAAAGGAACAUAGAAAUGAGAAAGGCGUGGAUCAAGAGAUUGUGGAAGAAGAAUGUGACUUAAUGUGACUUUUGGUGAAGAGAGAUCCAUCCCUAAUCCAAUCGAAAUAAAGAAAUCAACGUCUAUAAUGCCAUCAAAAUGUGUGGUUCCAAGCUUCGUUCUAGCUUGAAGAAAAUCGAAAUGUGUCAAGGGAGUUGGCGAUUAUAGUGUUAUUGAGGUAUCGGCAAUUGUCUUCGAAUGGGUGGAGGUAGUUUUCACCUUAUGCUUACAUGAAAAGAUUUUUUUUAGGACAAAGUUUAGUUCCAAACAAGUUUGAAGUUUUUUUCUUCAAUCCACUAUGUGACGAUGUACAAAACUAUCCAUAUGUAUUAUUUAAACAAGUCAUACAUGAUUAAUUAAAAAGUCAUGUGACUGAGACUACACAUGAAUGGUUUUUUCAAUCGCUACAUAGUAGGUUAGAGGAAAAUACUUCUAAAUAAGUUUGGAGUUAAGCUUAAGCACUU